AUGGCUGGUCCCGGUGAGUUUCUUGUGAAACUCUCGCUAGGUACCCCAUCCAGCCUGUACUGGGCCAUUAUAGACGCUGGUAGCAACCUCAUAUGGACAACAUGCUGCCAUUGUGACAACUGCCAUGUCAAAACACCAUUGUUUGAUCCACUUCAGUCGUCCACCUACAAGAACAGGAGAUGCUCCACCAGCUUUUGCACGGAAUUGCAUGACCAUCGUUGCACCAGCGACCAACUUUGCUAUUUCAAAUAUUCCUAUAGAGCAAAUUCUGAAGUAGAAGCGGUCCUAGCCUCCGAGAUGCUCUUGUUUGACAAUGGUGCCGGCACCAUCAAGAAUGAAGGAAUUGUCUUUGGUUCUGUUCAUCGUGAAGAUAAUCCUGAUACUGCCCUGCGUAAAGUUCCUGGCCUUGGCCGUGGUCGUCUCUCUCUUGUUAAACAGAUUGGCUCUUCGAUUGAUGACAAAUUUGCUUAC